AUGGCGGCCGUUCUGGCUUCGGCGCUCUGCCAACGAGAGAUCCAGGUUCAGAUAGUCGACAAGGACCUGUACGAGUCUCUGAAGCAGGAGCUGCGCCCACAGACGCACGAGCAUCUUGUUCUCCUUUCUGGCUGGAGUCACUGCAGCAGCAAGGUGUGGCUCGUCGGCGACAAGCUGACGGGCGAGGAGCAGAGGAGAGCCCAGGCCCGCGUCCACUUCGUGCCAUACUCGCAGUUCCCUCCCGACGCCGUCCGCGGCGACUGCGUCUACCACAGCACCCCGGCGCUGGUGAGACGACGACGACACCGAUCGAGGAACUAG